AUGGCUCCUCGACGUCGUACAGCGCGUAAAGAACUAGACCCUUGUAUGAGAGCUCGGAUAUGUGAGCUUCAUACAAGCGCGCGCUGGGGCUAUAAACGAAUUCAUAAAGCGCACCCAGAGAUCCCUAUAUCAACUAUUCGCAAUACAAUCAAAAAAGAGCAUCAACGGGUUAAUCAACGCUCAUUACCUCGCUCUGGGCAGCCUAGCAAACUAUCAUCUGAGCAAAAAGAGAACCUCGUUCAGCUUACAAAAGAGAAUCCUCAUAUUAAAUUUUAUGAGCUUCAAGAAUCGGUGGAUAUGCGAUGUUCAAAGACUACUAUCCGUCGAGCAUUCCGCAAUCUUCAUAUGAGGAAAUGGCUACAACGAGACCGCCCUGAAAUCCUUCCUCAGAAUGCAGAAAAAAGGCUUCAAUGGGCACAGUUGAACGAGGCAAAGGAGGUCAAUUGAUUUGGACUUGGAAUGAUCCUAGUGAGCAACUAUCGUUCCCGAUCACUCGAUGCCUCCGAUCACUCGAU